AUGCGGGUGAGCGCGGCCCUGCGGCUGCUGCCCGCCGCCUCCGCCCGGGCCGCGCCCGCCCGCCACCUCGCCCACCGCCUGGCCACCGAUGAGGAGCAGGCCACGGGGCUGGAGCGGAAGGUGCUGGAGGCCAUGAACAAGGGCCUGGACCCCUACAGCAUGUUCCGGCCGAAGCGCUACGCGGGGACCAAGGAGGACCCCAACCUCGUCCCCUCCAUCACCAACAAGCGUAUCGUGGGCUGCGUCUGCGAAGAGGACAACAGCUGCGUCAUCUGGUUCUGGCUGCACAAGGGGGAGGCUCAGCGCUGCCCCUCCUGCGGUGCCCACUACAAGCUGAUCCCCCACGAGCUGCCCCACUGAGCACCCCCCCGGGUGGGGGGGCUGCGCCGGGCACCCCCCAGCACCCCCGGGCACCUGCUGGGCCGAGCUGAGCCGCCCCCACCUUGCCCUGCUACCUGUGCCCCCCCCCCCUAUAAAAAGUUUGUCUGUGGA